CGCAGUUCAGUGUCGUUGUCGUUUGAGAUCAGCGUGUGUGUGCAGACAGGUACACAAGACCACCGCCUUCAUAACUAAACAGCUAGUUACUUGCUCGACUGCAACGCUACCGCAUUGCAAACGAAACUAAGACUUGAAUUUUGAAGCUCCAAAGUGUCUACAUGGCCGUCAGAAGAGGACACAUACGAUAUUUAAAAGUCUGUGAGGUUCAGAGCCAAGGGAAUGAAAGAGACAAGAGUGCUGCUGCAAAGCAAGACGUCUACGAUAUGCCAAAUGGGUACGAAGACCACAUGGGUGAUGAGCCAAGUAAUGCUAAAACCAAUCUGAUCGUCAACUACCUGCCGCAGAACAUGAGUCAGGAGGAGCUUCGCAGUCUGUUCAGCAGCAUUGGAGAGGUGGAGUCAGCCAAACUCAUAAGGGACAAGAUGGCAGGCCACAGUUUAGGGUACGGAUUUGUUAACUAUGUUAACCCUAAUGAUGCAGAAAGGGCAAUCAAUACACUCAAUGGCCUGAGACUACAGUCUAAAACUAUCAAGGUCUCGUAUGCUCGGCCGAGUUCUGAAAGCAUCAAAGAUGCCAAUCUGUAUAUCAGUGGUUUACCCAAGACCAUGACGCAGAAGGAUGUCGAGGACAUGUUUACCCGCUUCGGACGCAUAAUUAAUUCUCGUGUGCUGGUCGAUCAGGCUUCAGGGCUGUCACGUGGAGUGGCUUUCAUUCGGUUUGAUAAGAGGUCUGAAGCAGAUGAAGCUAUUAAACUACUGAAUGGCUCCAAACCACCUGGUGCCACUGAACCAAUCACAGUGAAGUUUGCUGCAAAUCCUAACCAGACCAAGAACUCCCAGCUCCUCUCCCAACUCUACCAUACUCAAUCCCGUAGGUUCGGAGGACCUGUUCACCAUCAGGCCCAGCGCUUCAGGUUCUCACCCAUGAGUGUUGACCACAUGAGCAGUGUCUCCAGUAUGAAUGUGCCCAGUAGCUCUGCCUCUGGCUGGUGUAUUUUCGUCUAUAAUUUGGGUCAGGAUGCAGAUGAAGGUAUUCUCUGGCAGAUGUUUGGUCCUUUUGGGGCCGUCACAAACGUCAAGGUCAUCCGUGACUUUAAUACCAACAAAUGCAAAGGGUUUGGGUUUGUUACCAUGACAAAUUACGAGGAAGCAGCAAUGGCCAUCGCUAGCCUGAAUGGAUAUCGCUUGGGGGACAAAGUCCUGCAAGUGUCAUUUAAAACCAGCAAGUCUCAUAAGUGAAGGCACCUUUCUGAACGUUCAAUCAGCGUUGUUCAAAAUGAUUUCAGUUAUUGUUGACUGUCUACGUAAACAUACUCGUGUGCUAGUGUUUUUCUCUGAGGUUGAAAAUAUGUAGAAUUAUUAUUAUUUUUGGUCCAGAUUGAACCCUGAUGACUGUUUAACUGGCAAUUGUAAAGCCCUGGACAAUGUAAAUGUGAAAUGUAUCCAGGGUUUUGUUGAGUUUUUUUUGGAAUGCCUUCAAUAUCUCAUGGCAUUGUUGUUCUGUUUAUCUUUAAUCACACUGGACCGAUGGGUCUAGUAGUGUUAUUUUUUUUAUCAUAUUAGGAUGUGAAGAGUUUUGGCAUUGUCCAUGCGAACUACAUAUCCCCUUUGUAAAUAGUGAAGAAAUGGAUUUAGUUGUCCAGAUAACCCAUCUGUAAGGGGAAAGAUUGGAGGACCAAAGAUCUCAGAGUGUAACGCUUCUGCCUUUAAGUGUUCAGUUUUGUUGGUCCAUUUACUCCAAAACUGCAUUUUUUCCUUUUGAAAUUUAAGUUUUAUAUUGUGUAGACAUUAAAGCUUGUUUUGCAUUUAACAGUAUGUUCUUAUUUUUAGUUGUAUGUUUGCUUUUGUUUUAAAAAUGGUUCAAAGCUUUUAUUUUAUUAUUCUUUUGUUAUUCUAUUUUACAAACCAUGAGCUUUUAACACUUAACCGCCCCACUCAGAAAAGUUUCUUUUCAAAUGGAUUCAAUAAUAGGGAAAAGUUAGGGGCAUGGCUGCAAUUUAUAGUUUUUGUCAGGUCAGUAUUAGGUAACAUUUGCAGCAGUAGAAAUACAUUUUUUGUGUAGUGUUUUACUUCUGUAGUGAUGUACUCGGUCAGUCCCUUGAUACAGCUCUGUACAUUAAUGUGAAAUUUUAACUUGAGUAAAACACAUAGAUAACAUUGUUUUUUUGGAGAUACUACAGUUCUAGCAUACACCAGUUGCAGGUCAGCACUAAUAUUGUGUGCAUGUUCAAUUAUCAUCUAUGUAACUGUGUCAUUUGGGUCUUUAUUCAUAGUGUGACUUGAAGUCCUGAAGCAAGACAUUUCAUGUAUUCAAAUAAAUGCAAUUGUUUUGUCGUAAAAAUGUAUACUGUUACUUGUAUAAUUUUUUCUAAUAUAUAAAGAGUGAGGCCCAAGAUGGA